AUGAGGCCUAAGAAAAAGGCCAAAUCUGAUAGGCCAGUGAGAGUUGGGCCUCCUGCUACACCUUCUAAAGGGCGCUCUGUGGACACUGUAGUAGACGCCAUCCUGGCAAGCUCUACACACUCCUAUGUAGCUAGCACUGUGUCUGAAACUUUAGGGAUUUUGGUUGAGGAUAUUUCUAGUGAGAUGACUAUUGUGAGUCCUUUGGGGCAAUCCAUUCAAGUUAGUAAAUUAUAUAGAGACUUUUCAUUAGAGGUUCAAGGGACAGUAUUUCGGGCUGAUCUGAUGGAGCUUCCGUUUGGGGAGUUCGAUUUGAUAUUGAGGAUGGAUUGGUUGGUAAAGCACAGAAGGAAAAGUUGGUUCAAAAAUAGUGUGAGGCAUUCUUGGCCUAUGUUAGUAUUUCUGAUUCUUGAGACUCUUACAGUGAGGAAUUUUCCACAUGUGUUUCCUGAGAAGUUACUGGGGUUACCUUCGAGUCGUGACGUGGAGUUUGGGAUUGAGCUAUUUUCUGGCAUAGCUCCGGUGUCUAUCGUCCCUUACUGA